CUCGUAAAUUAGCAGCCCAAUUUUGGUCCAUCCUCGGUGUAUCCGCACUGUUUUUCCCGCCAAUGAUGUAAAAAGAAUUAAAAAUAUCCCAAUUUUCAUUUCAAAAUCAAAAUUCAGCACGCCUUUUUAACUUCUCGUCUCUACUCUAUACCCGAAAAAGUUUUCCAGUCGAAUUUGGAGAGGAGAGAAAAUUUUUUUUUUUUUAUCGAAGGCAUCGACGCUGUUGAGAAAUGACGUCAGCACCAAAAUCGAACGGGAAACGGCGAGCCGGAGAAUUAGCCGGUGAAUUGGACGAUCUGAAACCGGAGAAGCUGAAGCGAGUCGUAGUCGAGGAUGAUUUCGACGCGGAACUCUCCAGUGAUAUUAGGGGUAUCUUCGCUGCUCUGAAGCAAUUGAAGGAGAAAGCUCACAAGGACGGCCUGAAAAAGAACGAGGAGACUAUCUCUAGUGUUGCAUCUGGUAUCAAGUCGGACCUUGAUGAGUUGAGAACCAAGCUUGAGAAGGACAGGCAAGCUUUUGCUAAGGCACUUUCAAAGAGCUCAAAAGAGUGUGAGAAUAUGUUGAAGACUGAGACAGCCAAGUUUCAAGCAGUGUAUGAGAAGUUCUGCAAGGAAACAUCUACCCAUCUGCAGUCCUUGAAAGAUGUGUUUGCCAAGUAUGACGAAGAAAAGGAAAGACUAUUGACUCGAUAUGAACAAAUGAGGAAGAAGGAGAAAAACUCCCUUGCUGAACUUGAGAAAGCAUGCAAUGGUAGAAUCGUUGAUCUGGAAGGGUCAUUGAAGAAGAAAAAACAGGUGGAUGAAUUUGUUUGGUCCACCAAAAAAAAAAAAAUCUGUAUGGACAGACUAUUAUUCUUCAUAAACUGAUUUCUUUCCCUUUUCCUUUGGGUUCGCAGGAUGAUAAAACGUUCAGCCUUCUGAAGCAAACUCUGGGUUCAUUUCUGGAUAAUGCUUCAGACGAGGAGUUCCCGUCAGAUGACUGAAGUUUAGUAAUGUUAAUGCAGCAAAGAAGAUGUCCCUUUCCCCUUUAAUUGUCCAUAAAUAGGCAGAAUUAGUUUCUCUCGCUUACUAAAGUGCAUAAUCGGAAAUGCAGCUGUCCCUACUCUGAGUAAGUAGAUUUUAAGUUGUCUUUCCUAGUUGGUGUGAGAGGUCUGAGUUAAAUGUUAUUAACAAUUUCAGAAUUUCUUUAGCAAUACCCCAGUUUCUUUCAGAAAUACUAACCCAACUUUGAAUCAAUGCAAUUCGAACAUGGUAUUUACUAUAUUGGAUUAUCCAAAUGCAGGAUAUUUAUCCUCCAGUUCUG